UUGCACACCACCAGCCAUCCAACCACCAUGGGGAAGGGAUGGAUCUGGAGGGUACCCAGCCUCUCCCUGCUGCUGCUAUUGACUCUUCUUCCUUCGACUUCCUUGGCCGAUAACCCUGAACCGCAAUACUUGAUCCUGGUACCCUCUGUGAUCCACACAAAAACCUCUGAGAAUGUUUGUAUCCAGAUGAUCCAUUUAAAUGAGACCGUGACUUUGAGUAUCACCAUAGAAUUUGAGGACAAGAACAUAAGCUUGACUGAAGUGGACAUGGUGGCUGGGGAGGACAUCUUCCGAUGUGUUUCCUUCCAGCUUCCUAAAUUGAAUCGUUCCUCAAGCCAUUUGCCAAGGUUUUUCCACUAUUCAGGCCGUCCCAAUGUUCUUCUCAGAGUGGUACUAAAGGGACAAACGUUGAACGUGAUGCAACAAGAACGGGUCACAAUCAGAAACCCAAGUGACCUACUUUUUGUUCAGACAGACAAGCCCAUCUACAAGGCAGGACAGGAAGUGAAGAUUCGCAUUGUCUGUCUGCAUGAAGACUUCCGUCCCGCAAAUAAGAAGAUUCCUUUAAUUUACAUUGAGGACUCCAAGAAAAAUCGUCUGUUCCAAUGGAAUGAUGUUAAGCUUAGCAUGGGCCUCACCCAGCUAUCUUUCCCUCUGUCUUCUGAGCCUGCCUUAGGCACCUACAAAUUGGUGGUAGAAAAAUCCUCCGGGAACAGUGAUGAGCACACAUUUGAUGUGGAAGAAUAUGUAUUACCCAAAUUCGAAGCUUCGGUGACGGUACCAAAGCAAAUCUCAGUUCUAGCCACAAAAUUUGAAGCGACCGUUUGUGGGAGGUAUACCUAUGGGAAACCUGUCCCUGGCCUGGUGAAAAUGACCAUCUGCCGUAGUUAUGUGCACUACAAUCAGUGUCCAGGGAUAGACCCUCAUCUGUGUGAAGAGUACAGUGGAGAGGCGAACGCGCAAGGGUGUUUCUCUCAGGUGGUAGAAACCAAGAUGUUUCAUCUGAAGCAAAAUGGUUUGGAAAUGCACAUUAAGGCAGAAGGCAAGAUCACCGAGGAAGGCACAGGGGUGGAAAUGACAGCGGAGAGCAGCAUAAGAAUCACUACGACAGUCAGCAUACUGAGCUUUGAAAACGCAGAGCCUUAUUAUAAGCCUGGGAUCCCCCUUUUCCUGCAGAUGAAACUGGUGGAUGAUAUGAAUGAGCCAAUGGCUAAUAAGAGCAUUGAGAUUACAGGACCUUCUGUGAAAUACAGCGCCAGGUACACAACCAAUGAGGAAGGACGAAUACAGUUUUCCAUAGAUACAUCAAAGUUCACAGAGGAUUCCAUCAAUUUGCAGGGAGUUUACAAAGAAAAUGAAUGGUGUGACAAUUCGGUCACCAUUUAUCACCAACGUGCCUCGCACUUAGUGAACCGAUUUUACUCACCAAGUCAAAGUUACCUCCACAUUGAUCCUCUGCCAAAAACUUUGAGCUGUGGCGACACAGAGCAUAUUCAAGUGCAUUUUAUCCUGGAUCCAAAUGCUGUGAAGAAGGAAGUGAUCUUUUAUUAUUUGGUGAUGGCUAAGGGAGGCAUCAUACGAGCUGGGACGCACACACAGCCAAUGCAGGGAAAAGAACCCAAAGGGGACUUCCUUUUGAAUCUCUUGGUGGAUGUUGACACUGCUCCCAUAACCCGCUUGCUUCUCUACACCAUUUUGCCCAGCGGAGAACUCGUUGCUCACUCAAGAGAUUUCACUGUAGAAAAGUGCUUCUCCAACAAGGCCAGACUGUGGUUCUCUAAUCAACAAGGCCUGCCUGGCCAGAAAACCCAACUCCAUCUUGCUGCUUCCUCCGGCUCUCUCUGUGCUUUCCAUGCAGUUGACCAGAGUAUCUUUCUCUUGAAACCUGAAGCCGAGCUUUCCACUGAGAAGAUCUAUAAAUUGCUCCCAGACUAUUCACCUGACCGAUACUUUGAGUAUGGAUGGAACGAAUGGGAGAAGCCAUGCAUCAAAAUGAAAAAUAUUAAAGUGGAUGGUAUCCAUUAUCACCCUGUUCCUUUUUCUUAUGGGGAAGCCGAUGUUUCCAAAAUUCUUAAGGACUUGGGUUUGAAUGUUUUUACUAGCACUAAAAUAGACAAGCCAAACAUAUGUCGGGUCUUUAACCCCCCGUCUUUCAGAGGCUACUAUGGUCCUCCUGGCUAUAUACAAUUGGGAGGUGCCCCACCACCGGGUGGUAUGUCACUUAGUUUGCUCGAAAAUAGUCCUCCUACUUCCACUACCGAAACGAGGCCUGUUGAGACUGUCAGAAUGCAGUUCCCUGAAACGUGGUUGUGGGAUUUGGUGAUAAUAGAAGAUUCUAAAACCUUGUCUGUUCCCGUGACCAUCCCGGACACCAUCACCGAAUGGAAAGCCGGAGCUUUCUGCCUUUCAGCAGACACAGGCUUUGGCCUGGCCCAGCCCACCGUUCUGAAGGCCUUUCAGCCGUUUUUCGUUGAACUCACCUUGCCAUAUUCCGUGGUGCGAGGAGAAGCCUUCCUGCUCAAAGCCACCGUCUUCUCCUACCAGACUCACUGCAUCCGGGUCACAAUAUCUCUGGCUCCUUCUGCUGACUUUGAGACAACCCCUGUGAAAAAGGAGGAAGAAUCUUACUGCAUUUGUGCAAAUGGAAGGAGAACAGUGUCUUGGAUGGUGACUCCCAAAUCACUUGGUGAAGUGAAUUUCACAGCCAGUGCCGAAGCCCUGAGCUCAGAUCAGCUCUGUGGGAAUGAAAUAGUGGAGAUGCCCAGCAUACAGCAAAAAGAUGUUGUGAUCAAAACGCUUUUAGUUGAGCCUGAAGGGAUCGAGAAAGAGGUGGUCUUCAACUCUCUUCUCUGUUCACAUGGAGAUGUACAGUCAGCACCUCUUUCUUUGAAGGUGCCAGAAAAUGUUGUGGAAGGCUCUGCCAGAGCGACUUUUUGUGUGCUUGGAGACAUUCUAGGGGGAGCGAUACAGAACAUCCAUCAGCUUCUCAAGAUGCCCUACGGCUGUGGGGAGCAGAACAUGGCCCUCUUUGCCCCCAAUAUCUACAUUCUGAACUAUCUCAAUAAGACUGGACAACUGACCGAGGAGAUCAAAUCCAAGGCCAUCGGAUACUUAGUGACAGGCUAUCAGAGGCAACUAAAUUACAAGCAUCAUGACGGUUCCUACAGCACCUUUGGAGAAAGCAGCUCAAUGAUAGGAAAUACCUGGUUGACCGCUUUUGUGCUGAAGAGUUUCACUCAGGCGGCGGCCUUCAUCUCCGUGGACCAAAAACAUAUCACUGAUGCUCAGAAUUCACUGGCACUCUGGCAGUUGGGAGAUGGUUCCUUCCUGGUAACAGGGUCUCUGCUGAACAACGCACUAAAGGGUGGAGUUGAUGACAGGAUUUCUCUUACGGCCUAUAUCACCAUAGCUUUGCUGGAAAUGCCUCUGCCUCACACGCACAUUUUGGUACGAAAUGCCUUGCACUUCUUGGAGAUGGAGGCCCAGACGGAAGAGAUCCACAUUUACCUUCAGGCUCUGUUGGCGUACGCCUUUACUCUGGCAGGGAACGAGGAGAAGAGACAAGAAAUGUUGGACUCCCUUCAGGAACUAGCCGUGAAAGAAGAGGAUGGCUCCAUCCACUGGGAGAGACCUGAGAAGGAAAAGAAGACACUCGAUCUUCCAUACUACUACCCCCGGGCGCCCUCUGCCGAGGUAGAGAUGACCUCCUACGUUCUCCUUGCUUAUGUGGCCAAAGAACCAUUCCCGUCCCAGGAAGAAUUAACGACGGCAACUGCCAUUGUCAAAUGGUUGACCAACCAACAGAAUCCCAAUGGAGGAUUCUCUUCUACGCAGGAUACAGUGGUGGCUCUCCAGGCCCUCUGCCAGUACCGGACAAUUACUUAUUCCAAGGAUGGAGUUGACGCUGGAGUGACCUUGAGUUCUGGAGAUGUUGCCCUGAGAAAAUUCCAUGUAGACAGCACCAACUCUCUGCUGCUCCAGUGCCAAGAUCUGCCCUCGGUGCCAGGGGACUACACGGCUGAGGUGACCGGUUGCAUCUUUAUGCAGACCAGCUUGAGGUACAACAUCCAACCACCCCAGGAGGAGGCACCAUUCAAGUUGCAGGUGCAGACGGUUCCCCAAAAUUGCACAGGACCUAAAGCCCACCAGACCUUUGACAUUGCUAUCAACGUCAGUUACACUGGCCAACGCGUGAUUUCCAACAUGGCAAUUGUCCAGAUUAAGAUGCUAUCCGGAUACAUCCCGGUGAAAUCAACCGUAAAGAUGCUGGAAAUGCAUGGUUUCGUCAAGCGUACAGAAAUUGCAACCACCCAGGUCCUCCUGUAUUUGGAAGCGGUCAGCAGUCUAAGCCAGAGUUACUCCUUCACAGUGGAGCGGGAGACUCCUGUCCAGGGCCUGAAGCCUGCCAUGGUGAAAGUCUACGAUUAUUAUGAAACAGAUGAUUUUGCCAUCUCGGAGUACAUCGCCCCCUGCAGCAAAGACGAAGAUAUCAAAAAACAUUAAAGAAGAAAAUCUCCGGCCAAACCAAAACUAUUGAGCAAGGAAGAGAAUCAAGGAAGAAUCAAUGAAGUCUGCUGUCCCGCCCUUUUUUGUCUAUACAAAAACCCACUAAAUGUGGGUUACGCUGUCUUCCAGGAGACUGGCUACUUACGUUUUCACCAGUGAUGGUAACAGAAGACUGGGGUGCAGAUCGCCACCGGAGAUCUAGAGCAGAAAUAUUUUUUUCUUUCUCCAAUCAUUGGAUGAAAUAAAACAAAGUUUUUCCAUUUC